AUGGGAAAUACAUCUCCAACAAGUGGAACACCUAGAGCAGAAGAGAUUCUCAAGAAGGCUGAACACCACAAUCUGGUCCGUGCCUUUAAGAAAGAAACUAUCCAGGAGCUGCUUAAAGGCGAUAAGGCGAGGGAAUUGUUAGGGUCAGCUUGCUCAAGAAAGAAUGACAAUGAGGGAAUCAAAAAUAUCUUUCCAGGGCUUUUGGAUAAAGAGAGCAACAAUGACGAACUACAGAAGGAAUGGGAAAGUAAUCUGGAAGAAGAGCUAAAUGAAUUCUAUACAGCUGGAGUCUCAACUCCAGAAAACUUUAUCAAAUCCUUGCAAGAUACAAGUAAGACAACCGAAAAUUUUAGCUACUCAUAUCCAUUUUGCUUUCUCUAA